AGCUGGAAGUCACAGCAGAGCAGGGGCCCUGGCAGAGGAGUGAUCAGAGCAUCAUCAUAGGAGAGUUAUCAACAUGGGGAACUGUGGUGAAUGCAUGGGGAAUUUUUUCUGCCGGCAAAAGAACACCAAUGUCCGUAUUAGUCUGCCAGCUGUCUGCUUGGUCUGGCAGAUUGCUAUGAUUGUACUGUUUGGAGUUUUCAUCCGGUAUGAUGAGGAAUCAGACGUAAAAAAAUGGAUAGAGUUCAAACACACUAACAACAUCACCAGCGAUAUCGAAAAUGACUUCUACUUCAGAUAUCCAAGCUUCCAGGACGUCCAUGUCAUGAUCUUUGUUGGAUUUGGUUUCCUCAUGACCUUCCUGAAACGCUACAGCUUUGGUGCUGUGGGCUUCAACUUCCUGAUUGCUGCCUUUGGUAUCCAGUGGGCUCUUGUCAUGCAAGGCUGGUUCCACGCGCUCGACCCAAACACCGGAAAGAUUUCUAUCGGAGUCGAAAGUCUGAUCAAUGCUGACUUCUGCGUUGCAAGCUCUCUGAUUGCCUACGGUGCCCUCCUGGGAAAAGUAAGCCCUGUACAGCUGAUGGUUGUUACCUUGUUUGGCGUCACACUGUUUGCCGUGGAGGAAUACAUCAUCCUCGACCUCCUUCAUUGCAGAGAUGCUGGUGGCUCAAUGGUCAUUCACGCCUUUGGAGGGUACUAUGGUUUGGCCAUCUCCUGGGUUCUCUACCGACCGAACCUACACCAAAGCAAACGCCUCAAUGGAUCUGUCUACCACUCUGAUAUGUUUGCCAUGAUUGGUACACUGUUCCUGUGGAUGUUCUGGCCCAGUUUCAACGGGGCCAUCACAGAUCACGGCUCUGGACAGCACAGAACAGCCAUCAACACUUAUAUCGCCCUCGCCUCCUCGGUGCUCACCACCGUGGCCAUCUCCAGCAUGUCUGAGAAAAGAGGAAAGCUGGACAUGGUGCACAUCCAGAAUGCCACUCUGGCAGGUGGUGUUGCCAUGGGAACAGCAGCAGAGUUCAUGAUCACUCCUUAUGGUUCACUAAUCGUGGGUUUCGGCUGUGGCAUCGUCUCCACCUUUGGCUACCUAUUUGUCACGCCCUUCUUGGAAAAAUACCUAAAGCUCCAGGAUACAUGUGGUGUCCACAAUCUGCACGCUGUUCCAGGGAUGCUCGGCGGCUUUAUAGGCGCCAUUGUUGCUGCAGCCGCCACUGAAGAGGUCUAUGGCAAGGAGGGGUUGAUCCAGACAUUUGACUUUGAAGGGGAGUUUGCAAACAGAUCUGUGUUAACCCAGGGAGGCUUCCAGGCUGCUGGCACAUGUGUGGCUAUUGCAUUUGGACUUGUUGGAGGAGCCUGUGUUGGUCUCAUUCUGAGGUUGCCUAUCUGGGGCGACCCUGCUGAUGACAACUGCUUUGAUGAUGAAGUUUACUGGGAGGUUCCUGAGGAUGAGGAGAGCAUCCCUCCUGUUUUGGAGUACAACAACCACAUGAUACACAAGCACCAAGACAUAUCCGAGUCAAACUUCUCUGUGGAGCAAAGUUAGAAAUAUCAAGCGACUGAUAUCACUUUGAACUUGAUACAGUUGUGAAACAACAUUAAUUUAUGAAGGAGCCACCUUUAAAAAAUGUGCAGUUUUACAAAGGAAGGAACACAGUGGACAUCUGCCACUCUUGUUUUGCACCUUUUUACACCUGAUAGAUUUGUGAAUGAUUUGAAGGUUAUGAUGGUGGUUAUCAAAUAUCUCAUAAAUAUGAUUCACAAUCAAAACUGGUAAUAUUCUGAAAGAAAUUUUAAACUACAAUUACUUUCUUUUUAAUUUUGGACAAAACUUUAUAAGUUAUAAGGCAUAGAAGAACUGAGACACAUUUGUACAUCAGUUGUUGUACAUCUUUAUCUUUAAAGAUGUACAACAACUGAUGAAGAAGACUGUUGGUAUGCAGUAUAUAAAAGAACGUGUUGAGUGAAUAAUCAAAAGUAUUUGUGCAGCCAAAUUAGACCAUUUUUGAGUUGUAUAUCUCAGUGUUUCCUUUAAAAUUAUGUAUAGGUUUCUGUCAGCAUGUACAUAUGGUUUUAUCUUGCGUAUUUUGGUCAUAACUUGCUGGUUCUUGAGGUGGAAGUUUUGAGUAACUAUGAUACAAUUUCCAGCAAUUUUUGUUGCUGUAGUGUUUAAUGUUAAGCUACCUCCGAACACUAUGCUUGCUUGUAUGUGACAAUCUGCUUGUUUUAUUAAUGAUAUAUGUAAACAUUAAUAAAUCACAUGUAACUGAA